GACCGGGAUCUACCAGGGGAUUUGUUUUGUCAGCUCAUGAAGAAUGAUCCUUCGAUCAUCAAAGGAGCAGAGAUGCUGAUGCUGGGAGAAAUGUUGACACUCCCUCAGAAUUUUGGAAAUAUUUUCUUGGGCGAGACCUUCUCCAGCUAUAUUAGUGUACACAAUGACAGCAGCCAGGUGGUCAAAGACAUUCUAGUGAAGGCUGAUCUGCAGACAAGCUCCCAGAGGCUCAACCUGUCUGCGUCCAGCGCAGCCGUCUCAGAGCUCCAGCCCGACUGCUGCAUCGACGACGUCAUCCACCAUGAGGUCAAGGAGAUCGGCACUCACAUAUUGGUUUGUGCUGUCAGUUACACCACCCAGUCAGGGGAGAAGAUGUACUUCAGGAAGUUCUUCAAAUUCCAGGUCCUGAAGCCACUGGAUGUCAAGACCAAGUUCUACAACGCAGAGAGCGAGCUCAGCUCCGUGACAGAUGAGGUGUUUCUGGAAGCGCAGAUCCAGAACAUCACCACGUCACCCAUGUUCAUGGAGAAGGUGUCUCUGGAGCCGUCCUUGAUGUACAGUGUCACAGAACUGAACAACGUGACUGAAGGGGACGAAGGAGAGUCCACCUUCGGUAAGAUGUCCUACCUGCAGCCCAUGGACACGCGGCAAUACCUCUACUGCCUAAAGCCCAAGCCCGAGUUCGCUGAGAAGGCCGGGGUCAUUAAGGGCGUGACGGUCAUUGGCAAGCUGGACAUUGUGUGGAAGACCAACCUCGGCGAGAGGGGGCGCCUGCAGACCAGUCAGCUCCAGAGGAUGGCCCCGGGUUAUGGAGACGUGAGGCUCUCGCUGGAGUACAUCCCAGACACGGUCAACAUAGAGGAGCCCUUUGACAUCACCUGUAAAAUCACAAACUGCAGCGAGAGGACAAUGGACCUGGUUCUAGAGAUGUGCAACAGCAGAUCCAUCCACUGGUGCGGUGUGUCGGGCAGACAGGCGGGGAAACUGGGUCCUAGUGCCUCCCUCUCGAUCCCCCUCCGAUUGCUGGCCUCAGUGCAGGGCUUACAGAGUGUGUCUGGCCUGAGGCUAACAGACACAUUCCUAAAAAGGACCUAUGAGUAUGAUGACAUCGCCCAGGUGUGUGUAGUGUGUCCCUUCUUGAGUCCAGAGAGUUAGACCUCCACCCCUCAACACCACCUCCACUGCACAUCUCAGACGGACCAAAUGUGCUCUUCUCUCCUCUCAGACUUCUCUCUCUCCCUCUGUAUCUCUCUCUCUCUCUAAUGCCCAUCUAUCUCCCAUUUUGUCAUGUCUCUGAUUCUGCACUCCCCAUCAACUUUUAUGUGUUUUAAAUAUUAUUUUAAAAAUACUUAUGUUUUAAAUGUCUAUAUGUGAAUAAAAUAAUCAUGUUCUGUUCUGA